AUGACUGAUCUCUAUUUCACCAGAUUUGGUUUGUUGUUAAUUUUAAUUGUAUCAACAGUGCUAGGAGGAUGUCCAACAUGUCCCAAUAUAUCAUCAGUUCCCAAUGGAUUCACCAAAAUGACAUAUGUUUCCAUCAAAGAUCAUAUUGAAAAUCCUGGAAGAGGUUUUAUUACUCAAACAUCAACACUGAGUUCUCAUUACAAUCCACUGACGGUAAACUAUCUGGACUCGUUACGUGAAAGGACUGGUGUGAAUAUGAUAAGAAGAAAUUUUGUUCUGGACACCUUCGUCAGUUCUCACAUCGAUUCCAACUUCCUUCAACAAAUCAAGAAUGACUUACAAGUUUUGGAAUCUGCUGGUUUUAAUAUUGUCGUGAGAUUCUGCUAUACAUUACAGCUGCAACCACACGCUCCGUAUGGAGAUGCUAAUAAGUAUUGGAUACUGGAACAUCUAAAACAAUUGUCACCACUUGUACACCAGCAUGAAGGAGUUAUAACUGCUCUGGACGCAGGAUUUAUAGGAACCUGGGGUGAAUGGUUUUACACGACAUAUUUUGGAGAUCCUAAUAAACGCGAUUAUCUGAAACACCCUCCACAUGGUUAUUCUGAUGCUGUUCUGAAGGAUAGAAAGGAAGUUUUGAUGGGGAUAUUAAAUGCUGUCCCUAAUUCAAUCCAAGUUCUAGUCCGAUAUCCUAAAUUGAAGACUUCAAUGUUCGAUGAUAAACCAACGACCUAUGGUGAGGUUCUGAAGCACACGAACAAAGCGAGGACUUGUCAUCAUAAUGACUGUUUUCUAUCAUCUGAUAAUGAUGUUGGUACCUAUUCAGACAAGGCUAAGGAAUAUCCAUAUUUACAUAAAGACAGUGAAUACUGUAUUGUUGGUGGUGAAACUUGUAGACCAACCAGUGGUCCCAGAGAGGAGUGUCCAACUGCUUUGAAGGAGAUGGCGAUGUUCCAUUGGACGUUUCUAAAUCAGGACUACAAUAAGGAUGUGAAUAAUAAAUGGAAGAAAGGUGGAUGUUAUGAAGAAAUACACAGAAGAUUAGGAUACAGAUUGUCUCUGACUCAGGUCAUUCUACCAAACACCAUCCAUCCUGGAGGAACAUUAUGCUACCACAUCACCAUCAACAACUCUGGUUUUGCUUCUCCAAAACACAUGAAUAUAUAUCUCGUUCUACACUCGAAAUCAAAUGGUCAUUAUUAUGCUGCUGAACUAUCAAAAUAUCAUGAUACAAGAACAUGGCAUCCUGGUCAUACAACCUUAGAUGGAAGUGUUCAUGUUGUUAAGAAUUUCCCAGCAGGAUCAUAUGAUACCUACCUAGCUAUUGGAGACAAAAUAUUACAUGAUAAAUCUGAUUUUUAUGUCUUAUUGGCCAACCAACAUGUACCAGUUUAUUCUUCUGGUUAUAAUAAAUUAAACCAUGGAAUAAAGGUUGAUGCCCAUCACUUGAGUGACUCAAGUUCCUGCCAAAAUCUAGUUUCCUGGACUCCACCAAAACACAGUCGUUAUUCUAGAGUGUUUAAAGGUACAUUUUGA